GGUGUAGCAGCAGGUUGAGCAGGUUGUUUCUUGAAUACACGACUGCGUGCCCGCCCACUCUGUGCAUUCUGACUGCUGAUUCACUCACACUUUGGCAGCUCAGUGAAGAGAUUUUUGUUGCCCGCGCACCUGUUCUGAUCUGUUAGACACCAAGAAAAGAUCACAAUCCAAAGGGCUGAAAUGGGAAUAUAUUUAAAAAUCACAUGUUUUCUCCUGCUUGUCCAAACCGCUCACUUGGCAUUGCCCGAAGAUUCGACUGACUCCCCGGGACGUACAAUUGAUAAAAUAUGGCUCCGUGAUCUAGUUGAUAGACCAAACAAAAGCCAAAAUCAAACCAGUGUAGAAGAUAAUGGGCCUGGUAUUGGGUCAGGCAUUGAUGAGAGCAGUGGGAGGCCACUGGGCUCCGGAAUACAAUUAGAGGAAGAUGACUAUGUGUCAAAUCAAGAGGAAGAGACACAACAAACAUCUGAUGAAACCGUGGCUGCCAGUUUCACAGCACUUCCAACAACCAACACAGGUGGAAAAGCUGAACUGACAAACACUGCCGUUUAUUCAAGUGUAUCUCCUGCAAAUGAGAGUAAAACAAAUACGUCAGUGGAAGGGGAUCACUUUUAUAAAUCAACAACUUUGGCAAACUCAGCAACUUCUGCUAAUCUGACAACAUCUUCAGAUAACUCGACAGCACCUUCAGCUAACUCAACAGCACCUUCAGCUAACCUGACAACAACUUCAGCUAACUCGACAGCAACUUCAGCAAAUUCAACAGUGACUCUGGCUAACCCAACCACUAAUGAAAUGAUCACACAAAUCUCCACCAGCUUUCCAGAGCUUUCCAACCACACAGAGUUUGUGAUUCCGAACAUCACUACAGAGCGCAACAGUGUGCAUGAAUCCAUAACAGAACCAAAUACCGUAACAGUUUUAAUCAACAGAACACAAUCUAAAACUGCUGCAACGACAGAAGAUGCAAAUGGAAAAGAGGGAUCUUCAUCUCCAACAAUGUUCUCCAGUGAGACAACAGAAAAGAUGCCUGUGAAGACAACUACCGCUGCUCCUACCACAGCAAAAGAAGCUAACUUGACAGACAAAAAUGGAGCCUCGGGGGGAAACGCUGAAAGAGGUUUUGCAUCAGAUUUGCAGAUGAAUCAAAGGCACAGAGCCUGGGGUGCUGUUCUGGGAACAGCAGUAGCUGUGACCUGCGUGGGUCUGGUGGUCUACCUCAUCAAGAAAAAGAAAACCCGCAAAGGUUUCUCUCACAGGAAACUGAUUGAGGAGUUCCCUACAGACCCGGUUCUCAGAUUGGACAACAGCGAGCCUUUGAACUUGAAUUAUGCUGGUUCUGCCUAUUACAACCCCGGACUCCAAGGAGACAACAUCCAGAUGACUGACUUCCCCGAAGACCACAGAAACUGAAUGAACAAACACAUCCGUCACCUUACUGACAUUUGAUCAAAAACUGGCAAUGUGCAGUCAAUGUGUAAAUAACUCAGACAAAACUGACAGUUAUGUUUUUUUGUAUAGAUCUUUUGUCAGCAACCAGAAAUGAACAGAGUGAUAAGAGAAGGUCAAGAUUUCUGAUAUAUACAGCGACAGCCAAAGUUAAUACCUUUUUAUGUAUAUUGCCAAAAGGAAUCAACCAUUAAAAUGUUGCUUAUAACUUA